GUCAAGUCAAGAGCUGUACACGCUCCUUGAGCAGAGAGCACGGUCAACCAGACUGUCUUGUCAGCUAGCUGGACGCAACGCAGUAGAUUGGCGAAUUCGGGCUUUACUAAUGUGGCAUUCAGAGUUUUUCUUCUCCCUCGACCGUAACCUCGAAGAUGUCGAUACGUUCUACAACCGCAAAUACGCAGAAUAUGCCCGCCGGCUUCGACUACUCCAAGGUCGUUAUGGGCGGAUAGCACAAAUGCCAGAUGGCAUCGAUAAGGACGAGGCACAGGAUCUCAUGGAUGCGUUGCUAGAGUUGCGCAGCCAGUUGCGCAAGCUCCAGUGGUACGGCGAGGUCAAUCGCAAGGGAUUUGUCAAGAUCACGAAGAAGCUGGACAAGAAGAUAGCGACUGUGUGCACACAGGAGCGGUACUUGGUCUCACGAGUGAACCCUAAACCGUUCACGCGAAAUUUCUCUUUGAACCAGGACAUGAAGACAGUCAAUGAGUGGCUAUCUGGUCUGGGCGACAUAAAGACCUUCGAUGACAGUGGCUCCACAUACUCAGCAGCAUCCUUGGGUCGGGUGCCAGGUCGCUCGCUGAACCUUCCUUCAGCUCUACUGGACGCUGUGGAAGACGCUAUCCGCAGUGAUCGCGCCGAGGACGUCAGCCGACUUCUGUCAGAGGCAGCCACCAACAACGAACCGACAAACCCAGCUUUCCAACAGAUCCUCUUGAACUUCCUCCAACGCGCCAUUUCGCACCGUGCCAAAUCAUGCAUCUCGAGGCUUCUACAAGACAUCGCGGAUCUGGAUGAAGAGGACGAUAUCAAUAAGCGUAAUGUUAUUCACCGUCUGGUCAUCAGCAUCGGCCGUUCCAAGACUGGCGAGACGCUGGAUGGAGAAGCUCGUCUUCCUCAGGGCUUGCUGGAUGCACGUAACUUCAUAGUGCCAGCCACAGCCCCGAAUCGACAGCCGCGGCCAUGUACUACCACUGAAGAAGAGUCUGCAAAACUUCUGAGCAAAAACGACGAGUCUGUCAGGCUACUCAUCUACCUGCUUGACCAGCUGCAGCCACAGCAGCGCGUAGCAUUGCAAGCACGUGAUGCUUUUGGUCGACUGCCACUCCACUACGCUGCUGGCUACGGCUUUGUCGUAAUCUGUCAAGUCGUAAUCAAGCACAUGCAGGACUGGGGCCAGUUUAACGUCAGUCAAGGUAUCGAUGCGCAAUAUUGGCAAGACGAUGAAGGCGACGCACCACUCCAUCUUAGUGUAAAGGGAGGUCACCCGCUGACUACUAAAGCUCUUCUUGAAGCUGAAAACUGGCGCGGCUCAAGUAAGGAGAAAAUUACGUCGAGAAAGACUAUCACUCAGUCUGGAGAAGCAUUGGCCCUUGCGACCAAGUCGAACUUCGUUGCCAUUGUGAAGCUACUGGUUGAUGCAGGCGUGGAUGCCAACUACCAGAGUAAGCAAGGAGAGACUGCUUUGCACAUCGCUGCGCAGUAUGGUCAUGUCGAAUGUGCAAAGGCGUUGCUAGGGGGUCCCAGCGUUAAUAGUAUUGACUUGGACGUUCCUGAGAGCACGUUUGCAUGGACACCGCUGUUCAACGCGUGCGUUGACAACCAUCUGCCCAUCGUUGAGCUACUGGCCACUGCCGGAGCUGAUCUGCAGCGGUACGACAAUUCGGGAUGGACGGCAAAGGAACAAGCUGCACUCCGUGGUCACAUGAGGAUUGCUCAUUAUCUUGCAGAGCUCUGUCCUACCUCCAAGUCAUCACCACAAGCGGCUGCGGACACUAGAAUUGCUCGCGCCGGAUCACCUGCUCAAUCUUCCCUUGACGAGAAGACAUCUAAGAACAUAGCUCGCGAGGGUGGACAAAUUAUGCAGAAAGUGCCGGAGCCUGUCAAGAGUUUCGGCCAUCGGUACCUAGCGAAUGAGACCAUGAUCUUGGUCAGCCUAGGUUCGAUGGAUAUGCGAAAGAACGUACCAGCCGUAGCGCUUGACGACAUUCCUAUGGCUGAUGCGCAUACCACCCAGCUCGAUACUGCGCUAUCAGUGUUUGUCUCGGCGUCAGGCGCUACCGGCGAGACUUAUCCUAUCGACUUGCCAGUCCAGGACAUUGCUACAGAGCCGAUUACAUUCAUGACAAAGGACGUCAGCAAGGUCCAGCUUCUGUUUGACAUUUGCCCAACUUAUGCAGGUUCAAAAGACAUCAUUGUUGGACGCGGUGUUGCUCUUCUCUCCACCAUCAAAACCCACAUUGGCUCCAAGCGCAUUCCUUUGCAGGGAGAUGUGAAGGUGCCGAUUGUGGCAGCGUCGACAUUGCAGGUCAUUGGCACCGUGAAUUUCAACUUCCUCAUCAUCACUCCCUUCCAGCAUCCAAACAUGUCUAUUACCGAAGAACACACGUAUUGGAAGAAAAUGGCUUCUACUAUGGUCAUUGGCCAUCGCGGUCUUGGAAAGAACACCGACAAACAGAGGACACUGCAACUCGGCGAGAACACCAUUCAAUCCUUUAUCUCGGCUGCAAACUUGGGAGCAGAGUAUGUCGAGUUUGACGUGCAACUGACGAAAGAUCUCGUGCCUGUCAUCUACCACGAUUUCUUGGUGAGCGAGACAGGUAUCGAUGCACCGGUGCAUACACUCACGUUAGAUCAAUUUCUUCACAUUGGUGAAGGUCAGAAGCCCAGAUCAUCACGCUCCGGUUCUCCAGAGACGGCAACUCCUGUCAAUGGUAUCCUCGGUGCAGACGAUCGUCCGAAUCCUAAGAGGCUACGUUCCUACUCCGUGGACAUGUCGACCCAGCGCAACAUCCACACGGAACGUCAAGACGAACUCAAGGAGCGCAUGAAGUACACCCGCGACUACAUCAAGAAGGGAUACAAAGGCAACAGCCGAGGCAUCUCCAUUGGCUCCGACUUCACCACUCUCGAACGCAUGUUUAAGAGCAGAGACAUCCCGGGGUCUGUCGGCUUCAACAUUGAGAUGAAGUACCCUAUGCUUCACGAAUCCGAAGAGGAGGAAAUGGAUCAGUACGCUGUCGAGCUCAACACGUUUGUCGACACAGUCUUGCAGGUCGUGUACGACCAUUCGAACAAGCGUAGAAUCGUCUUCUCUUCCUUCAACCCCGACAUCUGUCUGAUGUUAUCGUUCAAGCAACCUUCGAUCCCAGUUCUGUUUCUCACAGAUGCAGGCACGUCGGAUGUUGGAGACAAGCGAGCAGCUAGUCUUCAAGAGGCUAUUCGUUUCGCCAGUCGAUGGAACCUCUUUGGCAUUGUGAGCGCGGCGGACCCGCUCGUUAUGUGUCCUAGAUUCAUCAGGAUGGUGAAGGAGAAUGGUCUUGUGUGCAUGACAUAUGGCGCGCUCAACAAUGACCCAAAAAAUGUCCGACUGCAGGAGAAGGAAGGCAUCGAUGCCGUCAUUGUUGAUAGCGUCUUAAGUAUCCGACAAGGUCUUCAAGCGCCCGACAAAGCGAAGUCAAAUGGUGCAAAUGGCACAACAUUGCCAAUCCACCCACCACCUAUUCCGGUCAUCAAGGAGGGCAACGAAGGAGUACCGUCAGUGCUGCUCAACGGACAUGCGUAUGCAGUGUAGCAAAGAUCCACGACUUGUGUGAGAUGAAAACUGGAUGAACGUGUAGUAUUUCGGCGGCGUUUGGAGGGUCCCUCGACGGAUCAUGGGCAUUUAUAACCUAUUCAUUUCGUCUUCUUAGCAUCAACACAACCGUCAGGUAUUGGUUUUGUGCUUCAAAGUCAGACAUGAGGAUCCCGUGAGCCCUUGCCCUUCUUCUGCACUCCAAGUGACUGCAGAUACGCGGUAAAAUUAUAGCGCGCUACAGUCGGCAUGAUGAUUCACAACCGCA